UCUACCUCCCCCUUGACUAUAUGGAUAACAUGUGAGUGGACAUGUUCACUCAUGGUGUGUCAGUCAAACCUACUACAAGGCACUGCCUCUUAGAAAUGAUUAUCAUUAUUAUUAUUAUUAUUGUUAUUAUUAUUACUAUUAUCUUCUUCACUUAUAAAAUUAUGACUAGUUGUGUACUAUGGAAAUAAUGUGGCACAAACCAUUCACAUUUAAAACAUGCUACAACUAUAAGUUAAAAUAACAAAUUAAACAAGUUGUCUUAUGAUUUCUGAAGGUGAUUUUUUCUGAAAUAUAAUCAAAAUAUCCACCAAGUCAAUGAUUGUCUCAUCUGAACAGGAAUUAAUUCUCUUUACAAUUUAGGAAAAAAGUAUCCUGAAUAAUUCUGCAUUCCAUAAAAUAUGUUUAUAUUACUUUUUCUUGUUGAUUAUAUUUACUUUUCUACACUUUGGUUUACAGUCAAAUGUGAAAUAAAACUAUUGAACAUUGAUAACAGUAAAACAAAUAAUGAGGUUAGUUUAAAUUUUAAACAUCGUAUUCAACUUCACUUGAACGAUAAUACACCAGCGAAUUAUUUGAUUGGAAAUAUUUUAAAUGGAAAUUAUAUUAAACAUCAACAAGAAACACGUCAACCAACUAAAUUUAUUCGUUCCAUGCUAAUCCCAGAUACAUAUUUUCAUUUGACAACACAAGGUGAUUUAUAUACACGGGAUAUAAUUGAUCGUGAUCAAAUCUGUCAUCGACUAGACUGUUGUCAACUAGAGUAUUGUCAAGUUAAUAUUGAAGCAUAUUUGUUUAGUAUGAAUCCUACACCAAUAAAAAUUCAAGCUACAAUCUUUAUUGCUGAUGAAAAUGAUAAUACACCUGUAUUUCCUAAAACGGAUAUUCAGAAUGAUAAUAUGCACAAUAAUAUUGGUCGUUAUGAGAAUUUAAGCAUUUAUGAGUUGAAUAUACCUGAGUCCGCUUUAAUUGGGACUAGGUAUUCCUUGCCUAUGGCUACAGACUUAGACUCACCACGUUAUGGAAUUAAACAAUACCAAUUACAGCUGAUUAACGAUCAAACAUCUAACAAAGUGAUUACCAAUGAUAAAUUAAGAACAAGCUCGUAUUUAUCACAGCUGGAAUCACCAUUCACCUUAAUUAAUCCUAUAAAAUUGAUCAGUAAUAGGGCUAAUUCUAAAUCUGAUCUAGGAUCACCACAACUUCAGGUUGAUCAACAAUUGGAUCGUGAAGAAAAAUCAAUAUAUUAUUAUAGAUUGAUUGUUCAAGACAAUGGACAACCACCCUUACAAUCUGCUAUUCUACUACAUGUUAAAAUUACUGAUGUGAAUGAUAAUUCACCGAGAUUUUUCAAUUUAUCUACUGAUACUACUCGUGAUACGACUGAUACUACAACAACUACUAAUAACAAUAAUAUUUACAUCAUGGAAAAUACAACAAUCGGUUCAAAAAUUUAUCAGUUUCAUACAAUAGACUUAGAUGCAGAUGAAAAUGGAAAUGUUACCUAUUGGAUUGACUGGAAAUCAUUGUAUGGUGAUUUAAAUCAACUCAAUAUUCAGUCAAUUGUAACAAAAUAUACACUGAAUCCAAUCAAUGGUGAAUUACGUAUAUCAAAUGAAUUGGAUUAUGAGAAUGAAUAUGAACGAAAAAUUGUCUUAUUGAUACAAGCUGUAGAUAAUGGUCUACCAAAAUUGACAUCAAGUCUAAGUUUCACUGUUAAUUUAAUUGAUAUUAAUGAUAAUGAACCAGAAAUUGAAAUGUUACAAACACAGUCUACUGAUAUGGAUAUAAGUAGUAAAAGCAGUGAAAUACCUUUAUUAUAUGAAAAUGACCCUAAAUCACAGUUAUUACGUUUAUUAUCUAUAAAAGAUAAAGAUAGUUGUUCUGUUAACAAGAUAACAUGUCAAUUAAUUGAUGAAAAAGAAAAUCGUUUAAACUUUCGUCUAAUUUCCUAUUCAAAUUAUGCUUAUGGUUUAUUGAAUCAACGUGAAUUUGAUUAUGAGAAAGACACAAAUACAAAUGGUCACCUAUUAGCUGGUAUACAAUGUCAAGAUUUAGCUGAACCGCCAAAAUUAAUUAAAAAAUGGUUUGAAAUACCAUUGGGUGAUUUAAACGAUAAUUGGCCACAAUUUAAUCAAACAAAUUAUGAAUUUUAUAUUUAUGAGAAUGUACCAAUCAACACACAUAUAGGGUAUAUUCAUGCUACUGAUAUGGAUUCAGGUAUAAAUGGUAAACUAGUGUAUGAAUUAAUGUCUGAUGACAUGAAAUUGCAUAAUCUAAUUAAAAUCGAUAUAAAGACUGGACAUUUGUACACAGCUGGUCUACUUGACAGGGAAUUACUAACUGUACUGAAUUAUUUAGUGACUGUUACAGAUUGUGAUGGUGGCCAAAAUACUAUUACCAAUCAUAAUGAUGAUGAAAACUCAAAUUUGAAACAAUCAAUUAAAACAAACACAACAAGUUUAAAAAUUCACAUUCUUGAUGUAAAUGAUAAUGCACCAAAAUAUAUUGGACCAUUGGAAAUACACGUGGAAGAGAAUUCUCCAAUUGGUACAGAAAUACUAAAUCGACUAGAUUACACUGAUCCAGAUUUAGAGGAGAAUUCAACAAUCACUGUAAAACUGCUGGAUAGAUCGUAUAGUUAUUCAUCAAAAUCACAAAAUGAAUAUAUGCCAGUUUAUGAAAAUGGAGAUAAUUUUAAUUCAGUGAUUACUGUUGACAACCUGUUAAGAUUGUAUGUUUCCGGUUUAUUGGAUAGAGAGAACCAAGCCCAGUUCAUUUUAACCUUGAUCGCAUUUGAUCAUGGCAAAGUGAUCAGUCAGACAAGUACAACCACUCUGACAAUUUUUAUCGAUGAUACAAACGACAAUCAACCACACUUGUUAUAUCCAAGGAAUGCAAGUCUUUUAUUCGGUAUGUCUGAUAGUUCUGGCUGGUUGAAUAGUCUGUCGACAUCGACAAUACCAGCGGAUACACCAUUUGGCACACUGAUUGCAACUAUACGUGGUAAAGAUCCAGAUGCGGAGGAAAAUGGUACAGUGAUAUAUUCAGUGGUACCAAGCAAACAAUAUCAUUUACAACAGCAAAUAAUGGAACAACAAUCACAGCAACUCCAGGAUAUUAGUUUCGAAAGAAAUUCUGUGAAUCACAUCAGCAGCACUAAUCGUAGCAUAGAGAGAGAUGAAAAGAAAAUACAAGAGAGGAACACGGGCAACAGGAAGUAUUUAAAAAUCCAUGAUGGAUUCUUCUAUUUCGCCGUUGAUGAACAAACUGGUCAGCUGACAACAUUUUGGGGUAAUGAGUUAAAAGACACUGAAAUUCUACCAGCCAUCCAGAAGCAAUCAGCUAACUCCAGCAUACUUCAUCCUGGUAAACAGUCAACUAAUAAAACAUAUAACAUGAAAAAGAAGUUGGCCAAGCAACUAAGGUCAGGCGGGUCACCGACACCUGGACUAUAUUUAAUAUCAGUCAACCUACAGGAUAGAGGUAGACCACAACAAACCACUGAAGUUAUCUUCUAUGUGAACAUUAGUGAACCUAUUGGUGAUCAAUUUGGCUUUUGGACAUUCUAUGACUCGAAUAUGAGCAAUACAAUCAUAUUGAUCUUGAUUAUUGUUUGUAGUUUAGCACUGAUAAUCAGUUUAGUAGCAGCUAUAUUAUGGGUACGUUUCAGAUCGGAUCGUCAAACGUCAAGACCCAUAACGAAUGGUUCAUGUGGAGCCUACAAGCCUGGGACAUUAAUCGCUCCAGAUCCGCAUAAUCCUAAUAUGAAUUAUGAAUUUUAUCAUUCGGGCAGCCUGUCACCCACCGGCGAUAGCACAUAUGGAAAGGCUUACUUAAAUUCGAAUGGAACGACAUUUAUAUCACCGGAUGUCUUGGCAACUCACUCGAAAUGGAAUGAUUCAAUGCUUGAUUGUUGUAUUCCCACAGAGUAUGCAACACCAGCAGGAUUGUAUGGUGGGACAAUACUCACAGGAACAUUGAUUGGUAGUGCUAACCACAAACUCCCAGCAUAUGUGCAGUCAUAUUGCAGUAGUGAAGAUACCAAUCAAUCUGCAAUACACUUAUAUCCAAUACACGUCAGUGGACAAAAUGAUCUCUAUAAUGAUAUGACAAUCAACAGAGGUGAAUGGUUACCCACCAUGGAGAAUCACUGCAAUCUUCAUCAAAUAGUGGCAGACACAACAACCCCAAUGUUAAUUAAACAUUCCGAUGCACAGAUUCCAAAUUUCGGGCAUAUAGACUCAUUUCCUAAAAGAAUAGAUUUAUGUAGUAAGCAUUCGCAAGUAGUCAAUACAGGGAAUACCGGGAACCACAAUAACAGUACAGGGGGUAGUGAUAGUGGUGUGGAUAGUGGAGCCGGAAUCAUUAUCCCCUCUGAAUCACAUCUGCGCUUGUCAUCAUCGCCUAUAAAGGAUCCAGACGAAAUGGAACAUCGUAAUGAUUCACCUCCAAUAGCCAAUGGUCAUAAUAUUACCACUGGUACUGUUAAUAAAGAUAAUAAUAAUAGUCGGUAUGGAGUAAUCACAUUCUCACCUAAAAAUACAAUUAAAUAUUCAGAACAACUAACUAGGCAACAAAUACAUAACUACCCAAAGAUGAAUUUCUAAGGUAAAUCUUUACCAUAUAUUUCGUUGUCCCAUGUGAUAGGCUUCUUAAAAUGAUGCAUUUUCAGUAAAAAAUAUCAAAGUUUUCAAUCACCCACCCCCCCAUCCCCCAAUAAAAAACUAGUCAGGAAACAGCAAUUACUUAUUACAUACAAGUUGGGAAUUUUUAUCUAACCGGUGGGACGUAUAUAUACACAUAAAAAUAUGUCAGAAAUGAAAUUCCAAUGUUCUCUUUCAAGUAUACAUUCCAAAUUUCCGUUUUCGCCAGUUAUGGUUAUGUAAUUAUUUUCGGUUGAAUGGAAUUUAAACUGGAACAGACAGUAUAUCACCUGGCUGAAUGAAAACAAUCAGGUGAAUAAAUCAAACCAUCAGUUGCUUUAACAACUAGUCAGUAGAAAGGCUAACAAAAUAUAGACAAAAAUUAUUUGAAAUGUUCACUAAAACAAUAGAACUAUCAUGAAAAACAUUUGAAAAACAAAAUAAACAGAAUCACUAAGCAAUAAUAGUACAAAAAUAUUGUGAAUGCUUUAAUUGUAAUGCUGUAAUCGUUGUGCUUCUCACUUCAUUUUUAUAUGAGUAUGUGUAUGAGUGCAUAUGUGUACGUAUGUAUAAGUGUGCUUAUAUAAAUUUGUAGGUGUACUCUACUAUUUUCAAUAUUCAAUUCUGCUUUCAUUUCAACGUUGGUAACUAUUUUUAUCAAUAAUCAUGAAUAGGUUAAUUUUACAUUUCGUCUUUGAAUAAAACAAAUAAAUAUAAUCAUAUCUCCAGAGCUAUGAAUCCUUAGUUUCUUUCUGAACGCUUCAAAUUUACCACACUAAUUAGAAUACAAUUUCUAACAAAGUGAUUUCCAGUUCAAUGUUCAAUGAAAUAACUCAAGUAUGCUGCAGAAUGUCUCUUUGAUUUCUAGAAUAUUCUAUAUACAUUUCAAAUUUCCACAAAUAUACACCUAGAACUAACAGAAAUUUGAUAAAAUGAAAUUUGUAAACUUUUUCUUUUAAAUGAAUUGAAUUUUAAUCCUUUUCGCUCGUUUUUUUCUUUCUUUCUUCAUUCGUGCAAUCGACAAAUAAUGAGCAUAAUUAACUUGAAAUCAAACUUUUUUAUUAUUUUGAAUCGUUUUUAAGUUAGUGAUAAUCUUUCCAAAAAAAAUAUAUAAUGGAAUAACUUUUUGUUUCUUUUCGUUCCUUUCUAUCCUCAUUUUCAUUUUUUUUUUGGUUUGUCUUUUUGUGUUUUGUUUCUGUGUAUUUACGUGUAUAUUUGUUAUGUAUUCAUUUUGGUAUGCAUGAAAGGAAUGCAAUGUUUCUACAAAUGAUUUCCAGAGGAUUUCAUUGUGUUGAAACUCACUCAUUAAUUAACUUGAAGAAAAAAAAUAUUGAUUACAUAUAGUUCGUU